GUCCGCCCCGCCAUGUGGCUCCCGCUGCUCGUCGCCCUGCUUGCCUCGCUGCGCCCAACUUCCGCGGCCCCCGUCCUGGACAGCGACACCCCGGAGAGUUCCGGAGGGUUUCUAGGCCUCCAGAGCCUACUCCAAAGCUUCACUCGGCUUUUCCUGAGAGAUGACCUGUUGCGGGGUCUGAACAGCUUCUUCUCUGCCCCCAUGGACUUCCGGAGCCUCCCCAAGAACUACCAUGAAGAAGAGAACCAGAAGCACAAACUGGGAAACAACACUCUCUCCAGCCACCUCCAGAUCGACAAGGUGACAGACAACAAAACAGGAGAUGUACUAAUAUCCGAGAAGGUGGUGGCGUCCAUGGAACCAGGCGACGGCAACAUCAACAGUGACUGGAAGGUACCCAAGAUAGAAGAGAAGAAGAUGCUGGUGCCCGUGCAGAAGCCCACAGGCAGCUUCCGUGCAAAACCCCACCCCCUCAUGGCCUUCUGGAUCAUGAAACUGCCACAGCGCCGGUCCCACCAGGAUGCCCAGGAGGGUGGCCAGUGGCUCAGUGAGAAGCGACAUCGGCUGCAGGCCAUCCGGGAUGGUCUCCUCGAGGGAACCCAUGAGGAAAGUCCAGAAGAGGGGUUCCAAAGUGUCCCCAGGUCACCUGCCCGCAAGACCCACUUCCUAUACAUCCUCAGGCCCUCCCAGCAGCUGUAG